CGUGGACUAACCUUAUCUAUAGAAAGAUUUUAUUGAUUAAUCCUUGUCACAAAUUGCAAUCAACAAUGAACAAACCAAUUACAUCCAUGAUCCAAUCAACAUCAACAAUUGUCUAAGUUUCACGAAUGGGGCUGUACCGCAAAUAUGGAGGAACACGUUAUUUACUAAAACCUAAACGAUUUUAAUGUGAAAAUGUUUACCUCAGAGUACUGGGCAUUGCAUUAACCAAAGAAUGGUGAAAAUGAAAACUAAAAGUUUCUUGUUGUUUUCGACAACCGUUUUUGCUAUUAGUAUAUUUUUGAUAGUUUUCCACUCGCAACCCCCGCAGUCAUUUCAAAGUAUAGUUUCUCAAACCCAUCAACAUAUAAAAAAUUUCCAGCAGGCCUCUUUGACCCAGGAGCAGCUACGGGAUGUUGAAGAGCGUCACCUAGUACAAGAAGAGCGUUACCUCAGCCUUGUUGGGUUGGCUGGGCAUGUUGAACUUUGGAAGAACACAACUGUUCCUGUGCUUGUAACUCAUGCUCGCAACGAUGAUCAUGCAGUAGUUGUAGCCUUUAUAAGGGCAGCUCAGAAACUGCCUUACACCAUACUUGUCUACAAUCUUGGUCUCAAACCCUAUUCUUUAAAUGUGAUUUCCAACUACUGCAAUUCAUCAAAGUGCGUUGUGAUAGAUUUCGAUCUGACAGCAUUCCCUGCGCACGUCAACGACGAGAGCAUCACUGCCUUUCGACCGCUCAUCAUUCAGCACGCGCUGAGUCGCGUGGGCGGGGUGGUGUACUGCUCCGCGGCCAGUAGAUGGCGCGGGUCAGCGGCCGAGCUGGAGGCGACGUGGCGGGGUGCCGCGGCUUCGCUGGGCGUGGUGGCCUGGCCGCGGAGAGCCGCCGUCACUUCGCUCACGCACCCGCACAUGUUCACCUACUUCCACGCCGACGUCGACGACUUUCUCUUCGUGCAGAUGCUCGACACUUCGCGACUGGUCUUGGCCGCCUGCGACCGCCUCGCGCCACUCAUGCGGCCGUGGGUGCAGUGCGCUCUCACCGCCGACUGCAUCAUGCCCGUCGGCGCUCAGUCGGAGGGUUGCCGGUUCGACAAGAAGCCGCAAUAUCGGUAUUCGGGGUGCCACGGACAGGACGCAUCGGCGCUGAGCAUCAUCCUGGGGCUCCGCAGCGGGUUCGAAGAGAGCGGCUACACGGGCACGGCGGGCCGAUGGGGCCGUGCGUCCGCGCCGACCGCCCAGAGGGCCUUCUCCGCCCAGAGGCCCCAUUCCUCCCGCCGCAACGGCUCCUCCACGCCCCGCCCCGACGAACGCUUCGACCGCACGGACCGCUACGACAGCCGCUAGGAAAUCGGAUCCACUUCCAGCUUUGUUCCGAAUGCCCGAGCUUUUGAGUUAUGAAACGCUAUACGGACUAAAUAUAACGCUUAACAUUUAGCGUUAAUAUUUUGCGUGCGAUAUAUUUGAAGUAAAUUAAAAACGCAAAAUGAUGGCGAACAAACUUUGAUAGUAAAACUUGUCGUGACGUCAUUAUUAAUCUCGUAUGAGAUGUAUACAAUUUAAAACUGCAGCCGGGAAGAGAUGUCUCGCCAGCACAAAUGUGAUCUCAAUUGUUUUUGGCAAUUUAUUUAAGAGUUUACUUUUUAUUAAUUUAAGCCCCGAGAUCUUUGCACACUGCGAACAAAAUGCUCGGAAUAUUAUUUCCAUGCGACGUUGUCUCAACGUAUUUGAAGUACAAUUGCACAAUUUUUUUUAAACGUCGAUGUCGACAUUACUCUUAGGGAGCGUUCACGAAUUUCACUUUUGGGGCACAUUCUUGACCCCCCGUCCAUGUAACGUUCUUCUAUACCCAAUAGUAAAACGUUACGUUACCAACCAGUAACUAAUUCUAAUUGCACCUUUAAGUUGCCAUUUAUGUGGUUUAAAGUAGCGGAAAGUCGAAACAAUAGUAUUACCAAUAAUAUACAUAGCAACCCCCCUCCCCUCCUCCAAAUUCGUUACGUAAUACUUGAACGCUCCUCCCUUAGUAAAUUAUUAAGUGCAGUCAGUAUUGUAAUAUUUUUAUUUUUGUAAUUUUAUACUUACGGAGUACAAUAUUAUGUUGUUUAUUAUUCUAAGCUUUAAAGGGCUUAUUAAUGAGUCAUUUGUGUCGCUUAGCUCAUUACCCACUUGUAAAGUAUGAACCGUGUUGGGUUUUUCAAUGGCUCUUGACAGAAGAACUGUAUAAAGGUAGAAAUUUUGUAGAUAGUUGGUUUAUAUAAAAUAAAAUAUUUAAUAUCAAUAGAUUCGUGGAUACAAAUAAUAACUUAAGUAGCGAUGGGUAGAGUCACCCAGUAUUCAUAGAAAAUGGCUUUUAUAUCCCGUAUUGUACAUUGAACUUGUGCUAGUCCUCUUCUAUUUGUUAAUACAUAAUACUUAAUGCGCUCGUGCUAAGGUCCAAUAAUUAUUUUAGUGUUUGUUACUAUGUAUCUUAAUUGUAUUUUGUGCAAUAUUAGCUUAUUAUCGAACCCUACGAGUGAUAACUUUAUGCUCCUUUAUUUAAAAUAAAUGGUCCAUAUAAAGA